GGCAGGGUGGUGGCCGGGGGGUAUUCUGGAGCUUCUACUUUGGGCAUCACGCCCUCUUACGCCGCCACGGUAGCGGGACACACAGACUCCUUCCCCUCACCCGGAAUCUACUGCACCAACUGACGUGUUGGGACCCAGUGCGCCGUCAAUGACGGAGGACAUCACUUGUCGGGGUUAUGCCAAACACAUUUGGAUCCUUACCCCUAUUGCAAGCAUCUCUAUGGGCGGGACUGUAAUUCAUUUUUCAGCCUAUUACCUGACAGGUUCUCUUAGGCCUGUCGCUCUGCCGACUGUCAACAGUCACGGCCGCCUUGUGUUAUCUACACAACCCUGGCUUGUCUUCAUAAGGACAUUUUCUCUUUGACAGCCAAUGGAUUCCAAGAACUCCGUCAGGAUGUUCAUGAGUGGCGCCAUAUUGUCAAUCUUCGCGCUCUGCGUGCAUUUUCUCACUCUAUCCAAGAACUCUUCGAGAGGAACAUAUCCCAAGGUGCUGAAGAUGUGGAUAGGAAGGUCGGAAUUGCUUUGAAGGCUUUCCUGGGAACGCUUCUGGAGCCUGGUGAUCUGCCUCCCCGACACCGACCAGGGGGCGUUAAGCUAUUUCUAGGUCAGCUGAUGACACCUGAUAUCAUUACCACCAUCUUCCCUCCACAAGUAUACCAGGAAUUGCGACGUUUCUCGGAAACCGGUGAUGCUACUGAUGACAUGUGCAAGGUGACUCCAGUUGUCACUCAUGUCAUCGACACGUUCAAACAAGGCCCGGAAAAUCUCGCACUCCCAGAAACAUUCCUCGACCUAGUGGGUGUCAUGAAUGCGAGGAGUCAAAAGGUCUUGCGAGAUCUCCAGGAACGAGCUGACUAUACCUGUCAACUGCCUGGAGAGCUGUUGGGAAAAGCUAGACAGUUGGAGGAAGAGAGGUUGGAAAGGGAAAGAAGGACAGGGAGAGACGGCACGGGCGUGAGGACGGCAUUCCCCCGCUGCGGCAAUUGAGACGUAUACUCCGGUAUACCGACUGGUUCAGGAGCGAGGCGUCUCUGCCAACAGAAAAUCGGAGACUGGGAAGGUGGUGGGGAUGGGUGCAAGAAGUACUAUGACCAGGUCAUAAGGAAGAAAAAGAUGCGCAUGACGGGUGGUAUCGCUGGCAUAUGGUGUCCGCAUGGCAUCUGUCUGGCGUACCAAGUCAUGCCAACGUCCGAGGGGAGAGAUGAUUUCUUUUCUCUCCUCAAAUGCUUCUUUCCUGUCCCGCCAAAGGUCAUAGUGUAUGAUUUUGCCUGUUCUCUCGCAACCUAUUGCAUGUUGCGUGACCCUGUUUACUUUGCCCAUGUCAGGUUCUUGGUCGAUGAGCUCCAUGCACAUGGCCACACAACUUGCUCGAGGGCUGGUCGUAUCAGCACGGCGAUGUUCUACAGUCCCAACCUGCGCAUGGUCAACUCAAAUGUCGCAGAGGGUAAUCAUUCCGUUCUGAGACGACUACGGAAGUCUCUCUCUUACAUGAACGAGGAGCAUUGCUUGUGUUUCUUUGAUAUGGCCAUACAGGCUAUGAACCGAAGAGCUCUUCUCAAACAUGAAUGGGAAGUCCUCUAUCGAGAUCUUCCUUAAUGUUCAAAGUUCAUAUGCAACUUCUGUGAUCCUCCCUCUUAGCUAGAAGUCAAUCGGUGAGAUGAUGAGCGGGAGCAUCGGGCGUCCUCGAUGGUAGGAUGUUUAUGCCGUGCACAUGUCGUAGGUAAAGUGCAUUUGCCGUACAUCAAAUGUCUAUACAACACUUGAGACACAAUCAUACGACUUGCGUUAUACGCAUACUUUAUCC